AUGGGGUUCGCAUCCAAAUUAGCUCAGGCAAACGCACUCGCAGGAGCAACAGGUCUCAUGUCAAACAAACCGCCAGGUGCUUCUUACGGCGCCCAGGGUGGCUAUGGUGUCGCGCAAGGCUCGUCUCCAUACGGCGCUCCUCAAAGUCAGCCCGGUCAAUACGGCGCACCAGCAGGUCAGCCCGGUCAGUAUGGUGCUCAACAAGGCCAAUACGGAGCUCAUUCUAGUCAAUACGGUCAGACCCCAGGACAAGGUCAAUACGGCCAACAACAAGGCCAACAGCAAGGCCAACAACCUCAACAAGGUUAUGGUGCUCCUCCUGUGCCAGGAGGUAGACCAGCUGCUGGUGGAUACGGACAACCUGGACAGCCAGCAUCUCCUUAUGGGCAACAGCAACCUCCAUAUGGUCAACAAUCUCAAUAUGGCUCGCAACAACCUCCUUAUGGACAACAGCAACAGCAGCCUCAGUACGGUCAACAACAUGGUGCUCCAGGUGGCUAUGGUCAGCAGCAACAACAAUACGGGACUGGCGCAGGAGGAUAUGGUCAGCAACAAGGUGCUGCUCCCGGAGGCGGCGGCGUCAACGCCCAAUAUGUUGCUCAGCUCUUGAGUCAAUGUGUCCGAGAUCAACAUCUUGAAGCCUUCUACCCUCCCCAAUCCCUCGAUCCUAUCGCUCAGCGUGUCGUUCAAUCCGGUGCUUUACAACAACUCGCUUCGAACUGGAAACUACCCGUUGAACUCGCCUCAGAUCUCGUCAAGAUCUCUCUUUUCGACGUGGUAGUCCUCAUCGAUGAUUCAGGAAGUAUGGCCUUCGAGCAGAAUGGAGAGAGAAUCGAGGAUCUGAAAAUGAUUUUGAGCAAGAUCGCUUUCGCUUGUUCUCUCUUUGACCACGAUGGAAUUCAAGUUCGAUUCCUCAACUCUCAACUGCAAGGUAAUAACAUUAACAACGAGCAAGCAGCUUUGCAACUCGUUGGACAGGUCAAGUUUAGCGGUCUCACACCCCUGGGUACUGCGCUUGAUCAAAAAAUCCUUCAACCUCUCCUUUUAGGUCCUGCUAGAUCCAAUGCGUUGCAGAAACCUCUUCUUAUCAUUGCAAUCACUGACGGUGCCCCCGCUGGUGAAUCUACCGAUAAAAUCGUGCAAGUGAUCUCUAACGCCAACAACGAACUGCAAAGAAGUCGAUACGGUCCCGAUGCCGUUUCAUACCAGCUGUCUCAGGUUGGAAACGACAAGAAUGCCCAGAAAUUCUUGACCUCCCUUGAUGACCAUCCCACCAUUGGAUCGCUCAUUGACCAGACCAUGGACUACGAGUAUGAGCAAGAGCAAAUGAAAGUCAAAACAGGCGAAGACUUGAGCCCUGAGAUGUGGUUGAUGAAACUUUUACUUGGUCCUAUUGACACGUCAUACGACGCAAAGGAUGAAACGAAUGCUCCCCCAAGGAGAUACUAG